GGAGGUCGGGGCGGGAUGCCGCGGCGGCGGCCAGAGUCCCGGCGCUGCCCGGCGGCGGGCGGCAGGUACCCGAGGCCGGCGGCGUCUCUGCGGGCAGCCCUGCAAGCCAGAGGCACCGCGGGCCGUCGGAAGGAGGGAGCGGGCGGCCGGAGCCCCGCCGCCUCGGGGAGCCGGCGGAGAGCAGCGGGUUUCGGCGGCCGGCGGGGACACGCUGCGAGGACGGGGGGAGCCGGCAGUGUGUGUUGCCCGAGGGCUGGCAGGGGUAGCGCCACACUCUCUCCUGCCACCGUGCGUGCGUGUUUGCAAGCGGCUGCCGCUCCUCCUGGCUGCUGCUGCUGCUGCUGCCAGACCCACUUUCUCGCCCCCUCGCUCUGUGUCGGGAGAGGUCCCACGCUCCUCGUUGUGCAGCUUCAAGAGCAAGUAUUGUCUGUCCAUGUUGCAGCCUCCACCAUGGGGAAAGGACUCUCUCCUGGGAGGUGUUUCGGGAGCCUGUUGGUUACAGCUAUGACAUUGCCAGAGGAAGGGCCCAGAGUCUCACACCAGCCUGCCAACAAAAAUGCCACUGUACCACCUUCAGUGCUCCAGGCCAACAAACUUUGUCCAGGGCUGAAUUUGUCAUGUCCUUGCUGACAUGUCCUGAUGGUGAUGCUCCUGUCUCCUGUCUUAGCUGUCACAGCUUAUCACCCCACGUACUGUCCACCACACUGCCGGGGGCAACCCCUCUUCAUCGCUGUGCAGGCACCCACACUUGGUGUUGAGUCCUGAAAACCAAAGUAUUGCCUGAGACACAGGACACUGCAGAGGCUGGGUGGUCCUAGGGACUGAAAUGAACAUUUUGGUUCGUUUCAUUGAUUGUACCUGGUUA